AUGGAAAAUAAUGAAUAAGAAGAAUAUAUUUAGUUAAAGAAAAAUGUAACAGAAUAUUAUUUAUAUUAUUAGUAUGCUUUGAGAGAGAAUGAAUGGAAAAAGGAUAAGGCUUUGUAUGAAUAAAAAAUAUAAUUGUUGGAAAUGUAAUUGGAGGAUUAUAAAACAAGAGAAAUGAAUUAAAAGAAAUUGAAUGAUACCAUAACUUAAGCUAUAGAUAUUUCAGGAAAAUCAUAAGUAUCAUUCAAAAUCUAUUAUAUUAAGCAAAAAAGUUAUACAGAAUUUCAAAAAUCUAUUGAAGUCUAAAUGGCAAAUAAUAAAAAACAUUCUGAAAGUAUAACAAAAUUGGAAGAAAAAGUAUUAUAAAAUCAUAAGUUUUAGCUUAGAUGUCUAAAUGAAUAAUUAAAUGAGAAAGAAACUUAAAUUAAAGAUCUUGAAUUAUAGCAAUAAAAAUAAUAAAUUACUUAUGAUCAUAAAAUUUAAAGUUUAGAAUCAGAGAAAUAAUAUUUAAAUUAAGAAAUUUUGAAAUUCAAAGAAUAAAUAUAAAAAAUAGAAGAAAAUUUUAAAUCUAAAGAAUAAGUAUUUAAAUUAUAGUGUGAAUAAGAAAUUCAAAAAAUAAAAGAUAAUUUCUUUAAGGAUAUGUAAGAAAAAUAAUCAGAUUAUGAUUAAAGAUAUUAAUAAUUAGCAUAAUUAUAUGAAAAAGAAAAAGAAUAAUUACAAUAAAGAUUAAUUCGAAGUCAAAAUACAAUUAAAAAAUAUUAAACUCAUAUUGAAUCUAAUUAAGAAGUUCAAUAAUUACAAUAAAAAUAUGAUGAAUAAAUUGCAACUUUAAAAUAAGAGAUGUAUGAACAAUAAGUUUAAUUUUAAUAUGAAAAGAAAAUGUUAAAUAAAUAAAUUGAUGAUUAAAGAAUGUAAAUACAAAUUUCAUAUAUAUUUUAGAAAUACUAAUAAUUAUGAUAGUACUUCAAAAAAAAAAAGUGUAGAUAUGAAUAAAAUUAGAAAUUCUAUGGUUUCUUAAGAUAGUCCAGUUUAAUGUAAAAGUUUCCAUAUCUCAUAACCUGAUUUUAAAUAAGCUUUUUAAUAACCAAAGAAUUCAAUAACAUCUAUUUAAAAAUAAUCACUUUAACCUCCAAAAAAUAAUUAAUCAUUUGAAAAAGUCAAGGCUAAUAAUCAUGAUACUCUACCUAUGCCUAUUGAAGAUUUUAAUUUAAUGAUGAGCAAAAAAGCAAAAUCUUAAUCAACUAAUUCUCUUCCUUCAAAUAAUUUAAAUCUUAAUUCAUAUCUAUAAGAUGCAAGUAUAAUGAAAGAAGAAACAGAAAAUGGAGAUGAAUACAUUAGAUUUAAGUUAUCUAAUCAAUAAACAACUAGAUUUAAUAAUGAAGUUGAUCAAAGAAGAUCAUAUUCAUAAUAAGGAACUAAAGUUCAUAGUAUUAAUUCAACAACAAACUUAAGUAAAAUAUUAGGAUAAACAGAUUAAAGUUAUUAAAAUUAAAAUACUUCAAUAUCUACUUAAUAAAAAACUCAUAACACUUCAUUUUCUCAUUUUAAGGUUCCUUCUUUUACUUAAGGUCAAUUAAAUAAUCUUAAAUAUAGUUUAUAUUAAUAAUAACCUUAAACAACUUUGAGAAUGAAUGAUAAUCAUAUUAAUCAUAUUUAAUAAAUUAAGGCACGAUAUAUAAAUUAAGAUGAAUCUACUUAAAAUGAUUCUAUUUCAUUUAAAUAUGUAAAUUAAAUUGGUAUUAAUAGAAUAAAGAGAAUUAGUAGCCAUCAAAAAGUGUACAUAUAAAUAAUGAAAUUAAGUUUUUGAUUGGUAAACUACUUUAAGCAAAAGGAAAAUUGACUACUGAAUUAGAAAAUACAUAGAAAUCUUGUAGAUAUAAGAAUUGA